AUGAAGGAGAGGAUUCCAUGGCUCCAACUCGUUCAUUUGGGCGAACAUGGGCUGUUUUCUCUCUUGGGUGAUGCACGCGGGUUUCAGUCAUGUCGGAACAGGGGUAAGGGGGGCUUGCCGUUUGCCGGGCUCCAAGGGCGCUUGAAGUGGGUCCGUCGAGAAAUGGUAGGCCACAAGCCGUCACCCUUCGAGCCCGUCGAACAUUUGGGGUACUCUGGUUGCAAGUGGAGUGAUAAAGAGCGGGCCAUGGCCGACCCAUUUGUACUCGUAGUGGUCUCAGUCCAAUGA